AUGUCUAAUAAAGGAUUCUCCUCUGGAACGCCAGCUUCCACUGGAGCUUCAACUGGUGGGCUUUUCGGCUCCAGCUCUCCAUUCGGAUCCAACCAAGGGACGACGAAUACUGGUGGCGGCAUGUUUGGAAGCCUGGGUGGUGCAUCAAGCGGCACUUCAUCGCCAUCGCUAUUUGGCACGGCUAAUGCUAGCUCCGGACAGAAGCCUCUAUUUGGCACAGCUAAUGCUAGCUCUGGACAGAAGCCUCUAUUUGGCACAGCUAAUGCUAGCUCUGGACAGAAGCCUCUAUUUGGCGCGAACACAACAUCUGCAGGCAGUGGCGGCACUACACCUACUUUCAGUUUUGGCAAUCAGAACAAGCCGGCAGCGACGACAACGACGGCUUCUCCGUUCGGCUCAGCUUUGACCCCAAAUAAAACCACUGAAGCUUCUGCUCCUUCUCAGACACAAACUACUGGUGGUCUCUUCGGUGCAGCCCCAGGCGGCCUCUUUGGUACGACGAGCACUACUCCAGCCCAGCCCAAAACCGGCGCGGGCUUGUUCAGCACAACACCAGCAAAUCCUCCUCCAGCUGGUACUUCCUCGGGCCCAACACCGUCUCUUUUCGGCGGUCAGAAUACGACAACCACGGCUUCCACUGCAACAUCUCAGCCACAAGCUACUAGUCUCUUCGGGCAAAAUAAAGCUAGCACCACAACGCCGCUAUUUGGUGGUGCGCCUUCUGCUACAACUGGAGGCUCCCUAUUUGGCGCUCCAAAUGCAAACAAAACCACUGCUCCUACUCCAGCUGCGACACAGGCUCCAGCGGCAUCUGCUGGCGCUACCAAACCCUUAUUUGGCGCCGCGCCGACUGGCACUGCAACGACUACACAGCCAUCUUCGAGUCUAUUUAAAUUGCCUACUGCCAAUGCCGGUGGUGCUGCGUCCCCUUCUCCCUUUGGUGGCGCUGCUGCUGCUGCCUCGGCACCAUCGACACAGCCUUCGACAACGGCUGCAUCUUCAGCCACUCCUCAGAAACCACUUUUCGGGGGUCUAGGUGGUACAUCUUCGACAACCCCAUCUUCAACACCAGCUACUGCGCCUUCUCUUUUCUCCGGUAUAGGUAAGCCGGCAUCUACCACCACAAGCACAACAGCAGCUCCCACACCGACACAGGGGGCACCGAGCGGUGGAUUAUUCGGCGCAAAACCGGCUACAACAACUACACCUGCUACGACAGCAGCCGCUACGGCGACUACUGGUGCUUCUGCUGCAGCAGCUCCUGCAACAACAGCGGCUUCUACUACCACUGCUACCACCACUGCGGCUGCCAAACCAGCGACACAGACCCCCAAUCUUGGUGCGUCGACGUUUGGACCUGCGCCACCUGCGCAAUCACGGCUUAAGAAUAAAACAAUGGAUGAGAUCAUCACACGGUGGGCCACCGAUCUUACCAAAUACCAAAAGGACUUCCGGGAUCAAGCCGAGAAGGUGGCAGAAUGGGAUCGCAUGCUUGUUGUGAACGGAACCAAGGUGCAGAAGCUGUAUGGAAACACAGUGGAUGCAGAGCGGGCGACCCAAGAAGUCGAACGGCAAUUGGCGUCAGUUGAAGGGCAGCAGGAGGAGUUGAACGCGUGGCUUGACCGAUAUGAGCGCGAGGUUGACGAGAUGCUCUCGAAGCAGGUUGGCCCUGGUGAGACGCUUCAGGGGCCAGACCAGGAGCGCGAGAGAACUUACAAACUUGCGGAGAAGCUUUCCGAGCGCCUGGAUGAGAUGGGCAAGGACCUCGGAAGCAUGAUUGAGGAGAUCAACAAUGCUUCGUCUACAUUGAGCAAGACGAACAAGACUGACGAGCCGAUCUCACAAAUUGUGCGAAUCCUGAACUCUCAUCUAUCCCAACUCCAGACGAUCGACCAAGGCACUGCGGAGCUGCAGGCCAAGGUCAGUGCGGCACAGAAGACGGGUCAGUCGCUGGGCUCGAGGCUCGCACAGAAUGGACACGGCAUUGGAGUGGGAGGCAGCGCGGCGGAUGACUUUUAUCGAUCUUACAUGGGUCGUAGAUAG